UGUAGUAGCUUAAUUACUGUACAUGUGUGUUUUUCCUUUAAAUUGUGAAACUUUGUAUAUGUGACCGUUAUUCUCUCGUUAUACCUAUCUUUAAAAUUUAUUAUUAUUAUAUUGUUUUAUAUUCGUGUUGUUUUCGAUUCACUUCUUACUUUUUAAAAGAUCGUUCGAUAUUUUAACUAUGGAAACUUUCACGUUGACUUUUAUUCAUCGUGAUGUGACCGGGUUUUAUCUAAAUAAAUUGCGAAUUUAUAUCGAUUGAUUUAUUAUCCGAGUGAUUUCUGUUGGUUAUCCGUGUUCGCUGUUCAAAAUGGAGGACACGCUUAUCAUAUGUGAAAGAAAGGACGCUGGCAAGGCAUGCGGAAUUGGUGGAAUAUGCGUAAAAAAACCAGCAAAGGAAACAACAACAAAGGAACCAGCAAAGGAACCAGCAAAGGAACUAGGAAAGGAAUUAGGAAAGGAACCAGCAAAGGAACCAGCAAAGGUUUUAUGCAUGUGCGUUCAGAGUGGAGACUAUUUGCGCAAAGAUACUAGAUGCGGCUUAAACAUAGUUAAUAAAACGGAUUCGUUUAAAAAUGUGAAACUAGAGAUACAAGUACAAACCGUUGCAGAUAAUCUAGGCAGUAAUAUUAAACUGAAAAUUCCAGUUGAAGCUUCAAACAACACGACCAAUUCUACAAUACCCAUAAAUCCCACAAAUGCUCCUGUUCCAAUCAAUAAUUCAGCCAUUAAUGUAUCACUCGACCAAUCUAUGAUUAUACUUUUAAGCGUAAUUGGGGUCGUAUUCGUAUGUCUCGUGAUAGCCGUAUGCUUACUGUGCAUUUGCUGUAAAUUAAAAAAGAAAACCCCCGAUAAAAAGAAGGGUUUUCCCAUUUCGUUAGUAAAAUCAAUUAUUGAAGAAGAGCGAUAUUUGCCGAAUCCUCAAUACGACCCCACCAAGCCGAAGAUUGACAUUGAUGCUGUAAUAAGAUCACUAUCGGUACCUUCGCUGAAUAAAGAAUCGAUAACAGAUCUCCAAAAAAUAGGAGAAGGAUAUUUUGGUGAAGUUUACAAAGGGCAACUUCAUUCGAUAGACGUUGUGGAUCGAGAACAUCUUGAGACGGUAGCCGUUAAAAUGUUGAAAGGAGGUGUAAAUUUAGCAGCCAUCGAAGAUUUCUUAAGAGAGGUAGAAAUCAUGAGUUCCUUUCAGCAUCCGAAUAUUUUAACGUUGAUUGGAGUAUGUCCUCAAGGAAGCUCCACACCUCCUUGGAUGGUAUUCGAGUUCAUGCCUCUUGGGGAUUUAGCCGAACUGUUGAGAAGUAAUAAUCCUAGACUUUGUCCAAAUGCGUCGAAUUUGCCUAAUUUAACUGGGAAAGACUUAUUAUCAAUUGCAUUGCAAAUCGCUUCCGGAAUGGAGUAUUUAGCUGCUCAACGGUUCGUGCAUCGAGAUUUAGCUUGCCGAAAUUGUUUAGUUGGGGAGGGACUGACGGUGAAAAUCUCGGACUUCGGAAUGAGCCGAGAUGUUUACACUUGCGAUUAUUAUAGGAUUGGAGGUACUAGAAUGUUACCUGUGCGGUGGAUGGCACCCGAAAGUGUUCUACUCGGAAGAUUUACCCUAGAGUCGGACGUAUGGUCCUACGGUGUCUUGCUCUGGGAGAUCUACACUUUCGGGUUGCAGCCAUAUUUUGGUUAUACCAACGAACAAGUACUGAAACUAGUUACAGGCGGUACUCUUCUAGAAAUCCCUACAAAUUGUCCGAACGAGGUCGAUGAAAUCAUAAAAUUGUGCUGGAAACAUCAGGAGAAGGAACGGAUCCAAUUUAUCGAUAUCUGUAAUCGAUUAUGCAUCCUGAAAGAUCGUAUGGCUGAAAAUCCCUCUCCAAUUAUACCAAGACCACCUCCCAUGCCAGUGACUGUUGAUUUCCCUUUACCAUACGACGACGACGACGACGAUGAAGAUUUUGAUGACGAUUUAGAUGAAGACAAUUACCUCCGGCCGACAACCCUACCGAUAGUGCCUCCUUGGCCUGAACCUGACACGGAACCUGAAACUGAACCUGAUACUGAGCCUGAAACUGAUUCUGAAACUGAACCAGCGACUGAAUCUGCGAUUGAGCCUUGCCCUGAACCUGAACCUGCACCUGAAGGUUCAGUGGCAGGUUCAAGUGAACCUGAACCUUUGACUGAAUGUGCUGCUGAACCUACCACUGAACCUGAACCCAAACUCGAAACUAAUCCUCAAGUCACAUCUAGAAAUUCGUAUAUUGAAAUAACGAUACCUUGAAAUAAUUUUUCAAUUUCUUUAUGGUUCAAGUCGAGAUGUACGAUAAGAUGGAACCUCGAAUGAGAAAGGCAUAAGUAUGAAUAAAUCCAUGAAGUUUGUGUGAAUACGCUUGCAGUAGUUACAGUCCACAGUUUUGGCCAGCUCUUCAUUCAUUUGAUACAUUGAUUUGAAUUAUUUUUGAAAAUCACGUCCUUCAAAAAGGAGAUCAAAUUCCAAGUUUUAUAAGACUGAUUGAAUACUCAUAGGUGAAUGUCAAAUUCAUUUUUUGUAAGUUUUUAUGUACAGAAAUAAGAAUAAUGUAUCUACCAAUAAUACUCAAAGAGCAAAUCGAAGACAUGAGGAAAAUUCAAAGUAUUAUUGGAUUGAGGAGAAAUUUUUUUAUAAAUGUUGUUCUAUUCAUAAUGAAUAUGUAUUUACAUAUGUACAAACUUGAAUAAUUAUUGAAUUUUUUCUGUACAUUGUUACCUAGGUCUACCUCUUGUAAUUUAUUGAAAAUAGGUAGGUACGUUGCAUCAUUUUUCGGCGAAUGAAGAUGAACUUCAAAUGCAGAUGUGAAAAUGAAUUCUCAAACCCUCCAACAUCAGAAAAGCCAGACUAAGUUAAAAGGGAAUCUUUUCAAAUUUAUGCAACCAAAACUUUAGGUACUUACUGAAGUUACUUUUUUGAAAACUCAAAAAGGCUAUUGAUACAUAUGUUUAAUUUUUAAAAUUAAUACCUAAGUACCUAUGUACAAAUAUUACUCAAAUCAUAAAAGCACUGUUGAUAUGAUCGUUUCUGUAAGAUGUUUUUAUAAGUUUUGACUGUGUUUUUAAUUACAGAAAAUUUUCAUGAUUUUUA